AACACAAACCUAGCCUAAUCUAAUGUCAAUUCGUAAUGACAUCAACCGCAUGGUGAUGUGCGUUAGGUUAGUUGCACGUGAACCGCAUGGCACAUUUUAAAUCAGAUCAUUUCGUAAGAUAUUUAUUUCGGUAAAUUGUAUAAUAUGAUUGAUUACAUGUGCUAAAACAUACUAAAAAACGUCAAUAAUUUGUUAUUUACGAUAAUAUGGAUGCCGAGAAUACGACGAAAACAGAACUUAGACAACCGAGGAAACGAAAAGGAGAAAAGUCAAAGACUAAUGAUGCUGAUACUAUAAACAACCAUUAUAAAAAAAAUAAGACCUUUCAGGAAAGUAUUAUACAAGAGAAACAAACAGGACGAAAGAAAAUAAAAUUUAUUACAGAAGAAAUUGGAAAUUCAGGGAGAUCAUUGGAGAAAGUCAAUGAUACUACUAUCGAUGAAGAUAUUCUGAAGGAAGACAUUGAUGAGAAUACAAAAGCUUCGAGAAAACCAUCUAAAAGGCAACUGAAAAGAGAAAAAGCUCUACAAAGAGAAGCUCAAAAGAGACAUGCCAGUAGAAUAUAUGCUAUGCAGAGAGCAUUAAGUUAUGUGUCUAAGUGGAAACAUUCCAGAAGUGAAUGGAAAUUUGAGAAAAUUAGGCAGAUUUGGCUAAUAGAUAAUUUAUUGGAUGAAAAUUCUAUACCUGAUACAAUUUUCCCUAUUGUUUUGGAAUACUUCGAAGGUUGCAAAGGCAUGGCGCGGGAAGUGCUAUUAAGAAAGGGAAUGGACGUUAUAAGGAAAGUAGAAGAGGACGAGAAUGAAGAAAGCAGAAAUGAAAUUAUGGAAUCGAUCGCUUAUAAAAGAGCAAGGCAGCUUUUACAAGCUUUACCAACUGACAGAUAGUUUUUAAUUAAAAAAAAAUUUUCGUUAGUAAUAAAGCGUUGAAAAAUAGACCUUAAAAUUUCUCAUGUGUCAAUUCUGAGUGAUAGUAUAUGACAAAAUUUCAUUAUUUCAAACUGCAAUAUGAGGAAAAACUAUAAUGUUUGAUCUGGAGUGGAAAGUUGAAUAGAAUUAUAUAUAUUAAAAGCAAGAA